AUGCUCGCCACACACGUUAUUACGGUCCGUAAUAUUCAUUGCGGAUCCUGUGAGGAUGAUAUACGCAAAAUCAUUCAGGAGGAGUACCCCCAGGCUAAGGUAGUGUUCGUUGGAUCUGAUGUAGUUGUUGAAAUUCCCGGAUCGGAGACUUUUGAUGGCACGGCAAUCUCACGAAAACUGUAUGAACGUGGGUUCGAGGUGAUUCGAGUCGACAGCCAGCCUUUCCAUAGUCGACGUCUGUCUUGGGUUGGUCGAUUGUUUUCUGGUAACACUCGGCACGAGCGCCAUGCGGCUAUCUGUGAGCAAUGUGCCCACCAUGAAGAAAGCGAGGAGCCCGACCACCAGCCGGCGACCGAAACAUACCGAGCUGUUUACUCAAUUCAGGGUAUGUCAUGUGCUAGUUGUGCUAGAAGCAUUGAUGAGGGCGUCCGAGAGCGGGUACCUGAGAUCAAGGACAUCAGUGUCGAUGUUAUGAACCAUAGCGUUGCUUUAUUGGUCCCGAAUGCUCUAGUUGCCGAUAAAGUCCAGGAAGUUAUACGUGAUCUUGGUUAUGAAUGCCAGUUGACCGAGUUACUUCCUGUUUCUACCACUGUCGAGUAUAUUGUGGAGGCAUCGCUAGGAGGCAUGACAUGCUCAAACUGCGCCAAUUCGAUCAAAGACACUGCAUUAGGGCUUGCGUUCGUUGAUGAUGCCAAAAUAGAUGUCUUGAGUGGCUCCGGUAUCUUUCAUAUAUCCGAUGAAUCCAAAGUCGAGGAUCUUAAGAGCGCCAUUGAAGACUCUGGUUACACUUUCGAACUGAUCAACGUGUCCCCUCGUCACAUGUCUGAGCUGAUCCAACAGUCUCGUACUAUCAACAUCAAAGUUGAAGGGAUGUUUUGUGAGCAAUGCCCGCAGCAUGUAAUGGAUGUUUUGAAGUCGUACGGUGAUGCAGUAGAAGUCGUCAACUCUAUUACUCUUGAUGAGCCUUAUGUGAAAUUUACUUAUGUCCCCAAUGCACCGAAGUUUACAAUUCGGCAAAUUAUUGAUAAGAUCAGCCGUGCGAACCCCGAGUUGACGAUUUCGUUCGUCCGCCCUCAAUCGAUUGAGGAACUUGCUGCCGAACAUAUGCAGUUGGAGAAACGCGAAAUCAUCUCUCGUUUGUGGUUAACAGGACUGAUUUCCAUCCCGAUGACUUAUUUCAUGAUCAGAAUGUCCACUGUACAUAUGAGCUGGAUUGACAAUGCUUCCACACUUGUAUUGGCCACACCGGUCUACUUUUUCGCCGACGAUAUGUUCCAUAUUAAAUCCAUCAAAGAACUCAAGGGUGUACUUUCUGAAAAGAGCUGGUCUCGUAGACUUUUCCAUUUCGGCAGUAUGAAUCUGCUCAUGUCGCUAGGAACUUCAAUUUCUUACUGGGCCAGUUUGUUUAUGUUCUUCCAAGAUUCGAUGUCAGAAACCUAUUUUGACUCGGUUGUCUUUCUUACUCUGUUUUUAUUAGUCGGCCGCUAUCUGGAUGUCUAUUCCAAAGCCAAAGCCUCUUCUGCAGUCUCGUCGUUGAAUGAGCUUUGUCCAGAUGAAGUCCAGUUGGUUGUAGACGGUGACACAGUCACACAGCCUGUUUACGCAAUUGAUGUGAAUGAUACUGUUAAAGUUUUCAGCGGCCAGAAAGCAGCUGUUGAUGGACUUGUCAUCUCUGGAGCUUCUGAGUUUGAUGAGGCGAUGCUCACGGGCGAGUCUCUUCCUGUUUUAAAACGUGACGGUAACUACGUCUACGCCGGAACCGUCAAUUGCGGCUCUGAAGCUGUUGUUGUCAAAGUUACAGCGGCAAACAAAGGAACCUUUUUGGAUGGAAUCAUGAGCGCUGUUCGUCAGGGCCAAAUGACAACUUCACCUAUUGAGCGUGUUGCUGAACAAGUUACCAGUGCUUUUGUGCCUGUGGUUACUUAUUUGGCACUUUUCGUCUGGCUCGUUUGGUAUGUCCUUGGUCGUAGUGGUCGUUUACCUGAUGAGUAUUUGGAACACUCGAGAGCCAACAGCUGGGGUGUUUGGAGUAUGGAAUUUGCUAUUGCAGUAUUUGUUGUUGCUUGCCCGUGCGGAAUUGGUCUCGCUGCUCCCACUGCAUUGUUUGUGGGAAGCAGACUUGCCGCCAAAUAUGGCAUUCUUGCUCGGGGAGGUGGCGAAGCUUUCCAGGAAGGUGCGGCGCUUGAUAUCGUCUGCUUCGAUAAAACUGGUACCAUUACAGAGGGUGGAAACCCCCAGAUUACGGAUGUUUGGUUUAAACCCGGUGUCACACCCCAAGGCGAGCUUGUUCAGCUUGCGGCUCGCCUUGAAAGUGAAUCGGUGCAUCCUUUGGCCAAGGCAGUUGUCAGCUAUGCCGCUGAUCGCGAACUCAUGACUUCACGCGUUGAAAAUAUACGUCAAAUUGCUGGACGGGGUAUUAUCGGGCAGGUGUCUGCUGGACCCUUUCAGGGCAAGCGUGCCAUUAUGGGUAACGAACGGUUAAUCAAGGAGCAGGGUAUUGAAUCAGGUGAGAACGAAAAGCUCGAGAAGUGGAAGAAAGAGGGUAAAAGUGUAAUUUUACUUGCAUUGGAUGGUGAUGUUGUUGCACUAUUUGCUGCACAAGAUACCAUUCGCCCCGAAGCCAAGCAGGUGAUUCACGCGUUGCAAACUCGUGGUAUUAGCACCUGGAUGAUCUCUGGUGACAAUCUUAAAACAGCUCGUGCGAUCGCCGCUCAGGCUGGUAUUCCACCGGACCAAGUGAUUGCAGAGGUUCUACCUGAAGAGAAAGCAGAGCGGGUUCGCUGGCUUCAGAAGACAGGAAAAGCAGACAAGUCACACUCUGGUAGAGCAAUCGUGGCCAUGGUCGGUGAUGGAGUAAACGAUGCACCGAGUUUGAGCGCCUGUGACGUUGGAAUCGCGAUCGGUACUGGAGCAGAUAUCACUUUGCAGUCUGCCAAGUUUGUGCUUGUGCGAAGCGACUUGCGGGGUGUUCCUAUUGUAAUUGAUCUGUCUGCGGCCGUAAUGAAUCGUGUGCGUCUCAAUUUCUUCUGGGCGGCCAUCUACAACAUCGUUAUGAUUCCAUUAGCCGCCGGAGUCUUCUACCCGUGGACUGAAACUCGCUUGAACCCGGUGCUGGCUUCGUUGGCCAUGGCUUUGAGCUCAGUGUCUGUGGUGUUUAGCAGUCUCGCUUUGCAAUGGUUCAAACCACGGAUCGAUUAG